GACCCCUUCGUCGUUUAAUUAUUCCCAACCGGGCAAACCGGCGGGUCCUGUUGUGGAGAAUGGUUACAGUCAUUCUAGUCCGUCGCCCUCGACCAGUGUUCAUCCCACGAACGACCGUGAUACAGUUUCUAAGAUGCUUGAACAGAAUGCUCAGAUUAUUCUGCAAAUUAAUCAAGCCAUUAUGGACGGUCGAUCGGAAGUAUUUGGUGAAUUAAUGCCGGUUCUAAACAAAAAUAUCCUGUAUCUCAACGGUUUAACUGAGCAGCAGCCGGCUGCGGCCCAACCGCCUGCCGUUAAUUCUAUGCCGCCUCCUUCUGAACCGGUACCAUCACACCAUUCUCGAAUUUCCCAAAGUCCUCAUAUGUUGAGGCCAACAUCUCAAGGCACUCCACCCCAAAUGAGUCCUCCACCAGGGUCGUAUAUGGCCAAUGGACAGCAGCAGUUCCCGCAGCCGUCGCCGCAUUCCACGUACGGUCAUCCAGCGCAGCAGCCUCGACCGCAACCGGUGUACUCCCCCCUGACGCAAAGCACACAGGGUCCUGGUCAGCCCUUAUCGCCGAAUCUCUCGUUCCAGCCGACGGCCAACGGUCCAUCGCGACCACAGGGUUACGCACAAGGAUAUAUGGCCAAUUCUCCCAUGGGAGCGAGCAAUCCGGUAACGUCUCAGCACCAACAGCAAUCACCGACAGGGAAUGUGACGAAUAAUCCCAUGCCUCCUCCCAUGAAUUACCCUUACAGUGUGCCAACAAGGGGUGCCAACACGCAAAAUUAUGGUGGCGGAUAUGGUUAUCCUACUCAAGAAAGCAGUGACCCUAACUACGCUGCAAUGCCUCCACCCCAAAUGCAGCCUAAACGGAGCAUACCUCCCGGUUAUCGUCCUGCUGCGCCUCAAGGUCCGGUCCACGAGCAACAGCGGCCACAGGGUAAUUACCAGUCUCGGAUGUACAUGGAUAAUUACGCACAGCAGCAACAGCAAGUGCAAUAUCCCGGUUCGCAAGUAUCGCAGCAGCAAUCUGUACAGCAGAUGCACCACCAGUCACAGCAACAUCAGCAGCAGCAUGUCCCCGCGCAGCAUCCUUCCGGCAUGAUGCAGCCCCCCUCCAACAGUUACUCUCAAGGAGGAUAUACGGCGCCCCUUCCUUCUGGUCAGUAUUCAAUGCCCUCUCCGACACAGCAACCUGGACAGUUUAGAUCCCCCGCCAUGCCCUCUCCCGCAUCUCCGUACGGAAUGCCUUCCCCGGCCGGUUCCACUGGUUCGUCCUCGUAAAGGCAGUAUGUUUUUCUCAGCAGUUUGAAUUCUGAUCGUGUUUGAUGGUGGAAAAAUCUCCGAUUGCCUUUCCAAAGAUACUCAUCUCUUGGAGUUAAAAUUUGAUUGGUUUGUGUGCGGUGAAUUGGUUUUACGGUAGCUGCAUUUUGGCGGAUAGAAUGACCGGGCAUUGUGUGGCCUGGUCGUUUGGGGCGUAAAGGCAGAAUUUAUUGUAGCAUAGUUGGUCCUUCUGUUACCCUGUACAGCACAGUGUAACAUGUCUGAUGUAGAUUUUGACUACGCUUUAGCGCUGCACCAAUUGUUCAGUUGUUACGUUGUUUUUUUGUAUUGAAGAUUAUUCUGUUUUUACUUCUUUAGACUAUUACAAAGCAUGUCAUUCUGUGGACAGUGAGUGGUCAAACUAAAAAUUUUCGAAAU